GCCUGUACGCUGACCAGUGAUGGACCCGCUGGAUUUCCUGGAUCACAAUGAGCUGCUCAGCUUUUUCCACUGUCGUAAAACAGAAAUGUCCUGCAUGGAAAACCCGCAGACCUUCCUGAACCAGCUCAGGGACCACAACCUGAUACCGGAAGACAAAUACAAGACCACGAUCCGGAUGAGAAGUAAAGAUAAAAUGAGAAGAGCUGUUUAUGAACUCUUGGACUGGCUUGAGAAGGAGAACUCGGAGCACAUCCCGCUGUUCUGGAAAUGUGUCUUCAAAGACGUCAUCAUGAGCCGGUAUCCCAUCCUGAAGCUGCUGCACAAUAGCCUCAUGGACGGCUCUUUCCACUUUGACCCAAAACUACCUGAAAGGAGGGAAACCAAAGAGAACGACGAAAGGGGAAGCUCGAAGGUUUCCGACGGCGAGGAGAAGGAAACGAAGACCGCCAAAAAGAAGAGGAAGCUCAGAAGCGGGAGCAGCGAAGGCGACGAUGAGCAGCCGGGCUCGUCAGCAAAACAGACUCCAGGUCAGAAGAAAAAGGCCAAGAAAAUCCAUUUCUCGUCUCCAAGGAAGGGGGAGGCGGGUGAGAUCUGGACCUGGCCCCUCUAUAAGACCCAGCUGCCUGUGACCUGUGGCGAGGUGGAGGGGACGCUCAUACGAGACAAGCUGGCUAAAGGUGAAAAGUGCAUCCAGGUGGACAAACAGCGGUUCACUCCAUCUGAGUUUGAGAAGUUCGCAGGGAAAGGAAGCGCCAAGAACUGGAAAUUGAGCAUUCGAUGCAAGGACACCCCUUUGGGAAAACUUAUCAAGGACGGGCACCUGAAGGCAGCGGUCUACAAAAGAAGAAUCAGACAGGCCAGAAAAGCCCUGUUUGUUGCCAGUCAUUCAAACACAGAUGAAGAAGGCAGUGAGGAUGAAGAGGAAGCGCAGCCUUUAGCAGAGGAAGCCUCAGGAGAAGAAACGGAAGAACAAGGCGAGCCGACACGAGUGAGCCCGGAUCAUUACAAGAGCAUGUUCAGAGUGACGUGUGGAGAUUUAACUGGGACUUUACACAAAAGUCGCUUCGCAUCAGGAAAAUGUGGGAAAAGUAUCCGCACCGAGGUGAGCUGGAUGAGUCCGGAGGAGUUUGUGAACACGGCACUAAACCAGACAGACGCCUCCUGGAGGAAGGACAUCCUGUACAAAGGGGAACCCCUCAGCGUUCUCCUGGAGGCAAAGGUCUUGAUGAUGCAUUCGUUGCUAUGCAAGUGCAAACGGUGCAAACCGAAACCUGAAGACCUGGACGAUGACAAAAAUGACGACAUUUGUUGCAUCUGUAAAAGUGAGGGAGAGGAGGACCUGGUGGAGUGUGAUAAAUGUCCGAGAUCAUUCCACCAGAACUGCCACCUGCCUCAUCUAGGCGACACAAUACUGGAGGAUGACAACCAGUGGUUUUGCACAUUCUGCAUCUUUAAAUUCAAUAAGGAGUGCUGGUACCCCGACGAGCAGAGAACCGAAGUCGUCGUGUCCCAUCCAAUAUCUAAGAAAAAGAUGCUGGAAUGCCAGUAUCUCCUCCUCUAUCUAUGCAGCGCUGAUGAGGAGCAGAUAUUUGCCACCAACCCGAGUCAGUAUCUGGAAAAUUACUGCAGCGUUAUUAAGACUCCGAUGUGGCUGGAUAAGAUCGCAGACAAACUUCAGAGGAACGAAUACCAGACUGUUGGAGAGUUUGUGUCUGACGUUCAGCUCAUUUUCACCAACUCUGCCACAUACAACAGGAACAAUCCAGAAUACCUGGACAUGGGCAAACACCUGCAGCAGCUCUUUGACAGAGAAUUCAAGAAAGCCUUCAACAUCCGGGAUUAGACCACAGACUCACAGAUCACCGCUUACAGACGCUGGCUAUACACAAAUAACAUUUAAAUGUUGCGUUGACAGUAAUUUCAUUACUCUUUAUCUAACCAGGAUCAACAUUUUUUUAAAUAUUCUGUUUAACUAAUGAAAGAAAAUGUUAUAAUAUUACUGAACGUCUGGCACACUCUUUGAAAAACAUGCUUUGAUAUGAUCUGAAGUAGAGCAGAGCAGAUUCUCAAUAUGAUGUUCUGUGGUUAUCUUCAUCAUGAGAGUCUUAGAAAAGUCUCGUCCUGCACGGUCCGGCCGGAGUUUUGAAAUCGGUUGUCAUUUUCAGGUUAAAAAAAUGGUGUCAUUUUUGCUGUCAGCCUCAUGUCACAUGCUCCCUUGCCAUGUGAAACUAUUGUGUGGAUUGGUCAGGACUGCGUUGAGCUAAAACACAGGACUCAACCGUCUGCUCUGAAACGUUGCUGUGCCAGUUGAGGGAACUUUGAGACUCACUUUUGCAAGCGGUUGGCCCACAGACUUUUAAAACAAAAACGCAUGUAAAAGUCUUUAUCUUAAAGCGCACAGAAAGGCUUCCCAAGGAAACGAGCGCCAAAAGUAGCUCCUCAGGUAACACUUUAAUAUAGGAAACAACAACAAGGCAACCAAGAAGGUGGGUUCACAGCCCGGCCUGGUUGCAUGUUCAUCUCCAGAUAGUCCAAAAACAUGACUGUUAGGUCAGUUGGUCUCUUUAUUGUCCUUAGGUGUGUGUGUGUGUGUGUGUGUGUGUGUUUCUGUGAUGGACUGGUGACCCCGUCCAGAGCGUACCCCGCCUCUCAUCCACUGACCACAAGAGAUAGGCACCAACCCUAAUCACUGACCUCCCCGUCCCUAAUAUUUCACAAUUAUUUAUCACUAUAAUCUAUCUAAACUCUUGUUCACCAGAAGAAAAGAGAUACACAAGGGAAACUCAAAUAUUUGACACUGCAGGGGAAUUAAAUGGCGGCGUAACCUGAGAUGUUUACAACUAGAAAUAACCAAAGGUCCAAGCUAAUAAAUUUUUUAAAUACAAGAUUUUAAAGUGUUAAAUCGUAGUUAGAUUAUGACAGUUUUUAGUAUUUAUUUACAAAUAUAUAUGGCCUUAACUUAUGAAAUUUGAGAGGCAUGCAAUGGAGGAUGCAUAUUAAUGUAGGGGGAUGAAGUGCUGAAGGUAUCCGAAGCCUUUCUCUGUUGCAACGGUUCACGACAUUAUGAUCGCACAAUGCGCCGCAAAUCCACCCUGAGUGAAAACUAAACCUGGAUUUAGCUCUCAGAGUAAAACUGAGUUUUCAGUUUGGACAUUUUAACAUGGCAAAGGUCUCACUAAAACUGCUUUAAUCCAUAGAGGAAUACCAGUACUAAUGUCUGACCUAACGGUGGCCUGUUGAGGCCAAGUUUGUAUUUGCAGCCACUUUUGAAGUUUUAUUAUGUUGCUGUUCCUCUUUGUUAAAAUCCAAAUUCUGGUUAAGCACAUCAGUUGAUAAAAGUAUUACUCAGAUAAGGAUUUGAUGGUUAGGAUGUCAACCUUCAGUCUUUUAUGUAAAGAGGAAUGCAUUACCACAAAGCGAGAGGUAUGUAUUAUUCAUCUUAGUUGCCCUCAAAAGCUGAUGUAAUUGUGCGUAAAGCCUGAAAUGGCUCCGAUGGACAGAAAACAGUUGUUGAAUGUUUAUCUCUUUGAGAAACUCUUUUUUUCUUCUAAAUCAAUCUCCGAAAUCUUCACUUUCAAUGCGUUUGUGAGUAAACUGCAAACAAAAAUGACCAAGUGUUCAAUACAAUUAAGACCUUAAGGUUUGUUUUUUUUUAUGCAAGACCAAUGCAAUUUGCAAUUACAGUUUCUUUUUGAUGUUUUUGUAUGUUUUAUGCUUAAAUGAAUUUGUUUUUUAUGGCUUGUUUUUUAUUACAAUGUGGUACAAUGUUUAAAACUGCCAAAAGGUUUUAACGUCUGCACUGACUGUGGAUGUCUUUUGAAUGUUUCUGUAAUAAAUUAACCUAGGGUGUUUCCUAAACU